AUGGCACAAAGAGCAUUCUCCCUACUCUCACUCACAAUUCUUGCUACAAUUCUGUUUAUGGGUGCAUCGGCCCAAUCAAACAGUUGCAACAGCGCAAUCGUCAGCCUUGCCCCGUGCCUCGACUACAUCACGGGCAACUCCACCACUCCAUCGAGCUCCUGCUGCACACAGCUGAGCUCGGUGGUUCGGUCUGAGCCACAGUGUCUCUGCAUGAUCAUCAAUGGUGGAGCUUCGUCGAUGGGGAUCAAUAUUAACCAGACUCAAGCCCUGGCACUUCCUGGCGCUUGUAAUGUUCAAACUCCACCUGUGAGCCAGUGUGGUAACAAUGGAUUGUCACCAGCCGAUCCUCCUUCAGGUGAGUAUAUUGUGCAGGUACCGAUCUUUCUCUUAUUCUCCCUUUUGUUUGCUAUGGUGUAUCUUUCUACAUCUCCCGCUGGUUACUAA